GAAGCUAACAGAUCAUAUUUUCUGUCUUUGCUCUAGGAGCUGGCAGCGCCUCUCCAUGAGGACAAGGACAAAUCACCCAUUUCCUCCCUUUGGAAGUUUUUGACAUUGACGGAGACUCUCAAAGACUCAAUUCUAUGACAUCUUCGUCUCCUACCAGGGACCCCUCUGACACAGAGUGUGGCAACUCUGGAGCCGAACCCACCGGGAGCCCCUCUGUGGGUAAGCCUCCCGUGGGUAACUCUUUUGGUGAGGAUAUACUCCUUCUUGAAGACAUACCUUGCCAAAGGUGUUCUUCAGAGAACCAAGGCUCUCCACUCCCAGACCCACUAUUGAUCAAUACAGUGAAGUAUUGGUUACUUCUACAAAACCUAGUUCUGGACGAGCCGAAGCAAUUCCGCAAACCAGGUGUCACCACGGCCUGGGUUGAUGAUGAUGACGACUCUGAUGAGUCCACUGACAACGAAAAUCAAAACAACGCCACAGAAAACCUGAAAGACUACAAAGAUCUCAACUCACAUAUCUUCGAACUUACUCCAGUCGAGGACCUCAGGCUGUGCGCAUCAUGGGAGCGUGAAGAUGCCCCACACCAGGAGCUGCCUCUGGUGCCUAAGCUGGUGGAGGAGGAUGAUGUUUGUUCCAACGCGGAGAGAGUCACCUGUCUGAAUGUGGGCCAGCUGAAGAAGAGGGCCUUCAUGACUUUCAAGAGAAGAGAGGACCCCAAGGAGGCCACCAAGGGCCAGCGUCAGCAGGCAUCCAAGAAGACAUGGCGUUUCAGAAACGACAAGGUUAAACCCGAAGAACUUCUUCAAUAAUUAGGACAACCCUCUAUCCUCAUGUUUUAAAAAUAUUUAUCUCACCUUUC